CGGCGCCACUCGAUCGCCUGCCCCGGCAGCUCAGCGGCGGACGGCGGCGCCGGAUCCCUCGCGGCGCGGAGAACUAGCAGUGAAGAGACCUCUGCUCCUAACAUUUGGAAAAGCAGAAAAAUGGCAUCAGAAGACAUCACUAAGCUUGCAGAGUCACUUGCCAAAACCAAAGUGGGUGGUGGACAGUUGAGCUUCAAAGGCCAGAGCCUUAAACUCAAUACAGCUGAAGAUGCUGAAGAAGUGAUCAAGCAAAUUGAGGAAUUUGAUGGCCUGGAAGCAUUGCGCCUGGAAGGCAACACAGUGGGUGUGGAGGCAGCAAAGGUCAUUGCCAAAGCCUUGGAGAAGAAAUCAGAGCUCAAGAGGUGUCAUUGGAGUGACAUGUUCACAGGGAGACUAAGGUCUGAGAUCCCUCCUGCUUUGAUCUCUUUGGGGGAUGCACUCAUCACUGCUGGAGCCCAGCUGGUGGAGCUGGACCUGAGUGACAAUGCCUUUGGGCCAGACGGUGUGCGUGGCUUUGAGGCGCUGCUGAAGAGCCCCGCGUGCUACACCCUACAGGAACUCAAGCUCAAUAACUGUGGCAUGGGCAUUGGUGGUGGCAAGAUAUUGGCAGCCUCUCUGAAAGAGUGUCACAGGAAAUCAAGUGCCCAGGGCAAGCCUCUUGCUUUGAAAAUAUUUGUGGCUGGCAGAAACCGUCUGGAGAAUGAUGGUGCCACUGCCCUGGCUGAAGCCUUUGGGAUCAUUGGGACUCUAGAAGAGGUCCAUAUGCCACAGAAUGGAAUUAACCAUCCUGGCAUCACGGCGCUGGCCCAGGCCUUUGCUAUCAACCCACUGCUUAAGGUUAUAAACUUGAAUGACAACACCUUCACAGAGAAAGGAGCUGUGGCCAUGGCAGAGACUCUGAAGGCACUUCGGCAGAUUGAAGUGAUCAACUUUGGAGACUGCCUGGUGCGUUCAAAGGGUGCUGUUGCUAUUGCUGAUGCUGUUAAAGAAGGGCUUCAUAAAUUAAAGGAACUGAAUUUGUCCUUCUGUGAGAUCAAACGAGAUGCUGCUCUGACUGUUGCUGAAGCUAUUGAAGAUAAGGCAGAGUUGGAGAAGUUGGAUCUCAAUGGUAACUGUCUGGGGGAAGAGGGAUGUGAGCAACUCCAGGAGAUCCUUGAAGGCUUCAAUAUGGCAGCUGUGCUGGGAUCUUUGAGUGAUGAUGAAGGGGAGGAGGAGGAGGAUGAAGAGGAGGAGGAUGAUGAAGAGGAGGAGGAAGAGGAGGAGGAAGAACAGCAACAGCUGAAGGAGAGAGGACAGGGAGAACAGGAGUCACUGACUCCUAAGAAGAUAAUUGAUUCACAGGAUUCAACUCCAGUGCCAUCUCCUCCUGUGGAUGUUGCCACAUUCCUUGCUUUCCCAUCACCAGAGAAGCUGCUGCGGCUAGGACCAAAGUGCUCUGUGCUGAUAGCUCAGCAGACAGAUACGUCUGAUGUAGAGAAAGUAGUUACAACUCUCCUAAGGAUAUCCUCAGUCUUCAAAGAUGAAGCCUCAGUGAAAACAGCAGUGCAUGAAACAACAGAUGCCUUGAUGAGAAAAGCCUUCACUUCUGCCACAUUUAAUUCAGAUGCAUUCAUCACAAGCCUCUUGAUCCACAUGGGACUACUUAAGAGUGAAGAGAAGAUCAAAGCUGUCCCAAGCCUCUAUGGUAUUCUUAUGACAUUGAACCAUAUGGUCCAGCAGGAUUAUUUCCCUAAAUCCCUGGCCCCAGUUCUCUCAGCUUUUGUCACAAAACCAAACCGUGCUCUUGACUCCUGUUCAUUUGCUCGUCACAUGCUCUUACAAACACUCCACCAGCUGUAAGAGACAAGAGACGUGCUGCUGUGCCCUUCCCUCCUCAUAGGACUGUUGUCAGCAGAGAACUCAGAGCUGCGUGGAGAGGAUCCCAGAGCCCAUACAGACGUGCUGCCCUUUCUUUUUUCUUCCUCUUUUUUCUUUUUUUUUUUUUUUCCCCCCAUCCCCGUAGGAGGUCUGUCCUUCCUUCUGCUUUCAUAAACUUGGACAAAUCCUGCUGAAUUUUUUUUUUCUACUCCUCAUGAAGUGACUCCCUGGUCUGCAGAGCAGGUGCUUAUGCUAGAAUAAGUCAGUGCUGCUCUGAGCUCUGCGUGAAUUGAAAAGAAGAGUUCUCCACUUUGGUUGCAUUGACAAGGGUGUGCCAAGGCUAACACAGGGCCCAGAAGCGCUCUCAUCAGGAUCAACCCAGUUGUGCAUUUUAUUUUAUUUUAUUGGACUGUGACUCCUGCCUGAUAGCAUUCAGCACUGUGCAGGAGGGAGCCUGCUGCUUCCCCUGCUUCUCCAGGUCAGGGGAGUGCUUGAUCCCCUUCUGCUGCUGCCGGGUCAGAGGGGCAAGGUGUGCUCCCCUUUGUUUCUUCUUUCAAGUCCAUUUGUCAAAGGCAGUGUGUGGCUGAUUUGUAUUUUAAUAUACUACCCUGCUGCUGUGGCUUGGAAUAUUCGUGUAGUGUGGCUGACCCCGGUGGCCAUUGCUUAAGGGAGCAAGCAUAUUUUUAUUGUAAAUUUUUUUGCCAUGGCCUGUGUUGUUCCCUCUUCCUGCCCUUUCCCUGUCCCUUCCCCUUCUCUUCCUAAUUAAAUAGGCUUGGUUUGGAAAUGAAUACAAUUCAUGAAA